AUGUUCGAUCCCCUCUUGGCGCGCGAGGACCCUUUCAAUGCGGCGCAAUCUGGCUUCCCGUUGACCGAUCCGAAGCGCGAGUCUUUGACCGAACCGGCGCACGAUCAGGUCAUUUCGGCGCCUAAAGAUGAGAAGAAAAAGAGAAAAUUGGAUCCCGAAGUUGCCGAGACAGAGCUGAAGGGAAGGAUCGAAAGGGCCGACACAUAUUGGGUAUUGGACGUCACAACUGAGGAUAUCCAACGCACACUAAACUUCGCCACCGGCCGCUCCCAUUUCCCACAAUACAACAUCAUCUAUCCGCCGGAUGCGAAACCACUAGAUGAUGAUUCCACCGUCGCCGCCUGGAUUUCUACAGCUGACCACACAUGCCAUUUUCGUCCCCUGCAUGGACAUGGUUUCGCGACGUGCAUUCUUUGCCGGAAAAAGACAAAAAAGCUGGCCACAGAUUGCUUUAUUCCAAAAUCGAGCGUCAUCAUGAACAUGGCCGUGAACAGCACAAUCAAAGAGGAGGGCGACGUCUACAAGCAGGACAAGAACGAAGAGGGUGAGUGGACAGAUGGCGCCAAAGUUGGGUUGAAUGUCGCCAAAUAUGUCAAGGACUUCAUCGGCUUGACCUCAGUAUGGAUGCCAGGCGAGGUCUACACCGGCGAAUACAGGAAGAUACCCUUUCUUAUCGCCAUGGCAGCCAUGACCGCAGAUCUAGCUUAA